AUGGCACAAGACAUAACCAUCAUCUUCUUAUAUGUUGAUGACUUACUAGUAACUGGAAAUAGCAUUGAAAACCCGUCAAAGUUCAAAGAGCUAAUGAAGUCGGAGUUUGAAAUGUCAAAUAUGGGAAAUUUGUCUUAUUUCCUUAACAAUGAGUUUCAAAGGACCAAAAAUGGCAUUGUGCUACGUCAAAUGAAGUAUGUCAAAGAAAUUCUCAAGAGAUUCAGAAUGGUGGAUUCAAAUCCUAGAUCUUCACCUAUUGAACCAAAUAUCAAACUUGAGAAGCAUAGAGAUGAGGACAAGGUUGAUAUCACUUUGUUCAAAAAAAUUGUAGGAUCUCUAAGGUAUUUGUGUAAUAGAAGAUCCGAUAUAGGUUUCUCCGUCGGAUUAGUGAUCAAAUACAUGGAUGAACCAAGGGUGUCACACAUGAAGGUUGCAAGGAGAAUCCUGAGGCACUUGAAAGGAUCACUAAAUUCUGGAUUCCUGUUUCCAAAAGAGUUUGAGGGCAAAGAAGCAGUGAUUAAUUGCUAUUCCAUAAGAUUCUUAUGGAAAAGACGUUGA